CUGAGCGACUUGCUUGAGGUCAUACCUCCGGAAGGAGAGGAUGUAUGCUGCGUGCUUAGGCCGGUAGAGGGCGACAGAGUCCUCCCCCGCCGGUAGGUCCUUGGAAGUUAAGAGAGCGUGUUCCCCAACACAACCAAAACAAUGAAAGCUAUCAUUCAGAGGGUCACCAAGGCCACUGUGACAGUGGGAGGAGAAGAGAUCAGUUCAAUAGGACGAGGACUGUGUGUACUGCUGGGAAUAUCAGUGGAGGACACCCAGAAGGAUGCUGACUACCUAGUACGCAAGAUCCUGAACCUGCGGCUGUUUGAAGAUGAGAACGGGCGAGCGUGGAGCAAAAGUGUCAUGGACAGGGACUUUGAGGUGCUGUGUGUGAGCCAGUUCACACUGCAGUGCAUACUGAAAGCCAACAAGCCAGACUUCCACUCAGCCAUGCCUGCAGAGUUGGCUCAGCCCUUCUACAAUAGCAUCCUGGAGAACAUGAGGAGUACCUACAAGCCAGAGCUCAUUAAAGACGGGAAGUUUGGUGCCUAUAUGCAGGUCCACAUACAAAAUGACGGCCCUGUUACCAUUGAACUGAUGUCACCUAGUGGCCCCACAGACUCCAAACAGCUGUCCAAGCAGGAGAAGCAGCAGCAGAGGAAAGAGAAGACGCGCUCCAAGGGCCCCUCGGAGUCGAGCAGGGAAAAACUCGCUUCACGUUCCCGACAGGACCCCAACGCCAGCAGUGGAGCCGACGGGGAUGUGUCAUCAGAGAGGGAGACCUAGGUCAGCAGGAUGUCAAACCGGGGACAUAAGGGUGAGUCCAGUUUUCCACAGGAAGGCCUUUAAUCCUCAGUGACUCUUACAGCUGACCGUGGACUGUCCUCCUACCUUUGGAAAUCAGCAGGAUUCUCUUGGUCUUUCACAGAGCAUCAUCCCCUCGCCGGUGUCCUUGGAUUCUCUUCUCCAGAUAUAGAUCAAAUAGGAUUGUCUAGGUAAACAUAGCACUGCUCAGACUGAUGAAGGGAGUUUGAACAAGGGUGCACAGGAAGGAAACAGCCAUUGGCGGCACUAUACUGUAUACUGUCCCUACUGCCUGUCUAUUUAUGUUUCUACAUGGACAGGGAGAAUUCCUUUCAGAUUCUCCCUGUCUGUCUUGCUCUAAUCCCCGCUUGGAGUCAUGACACUGACCCAUAACCCAGCUCCAAGGCCUUGGCUUUAUAAUAAUAAUAAUAAUGUAUCCUUUAUUAGUCCUACAAGGGGAAAUUACAAUUUACACUUGGUUGUUAUUACACACAGGCCUCAAUUACAUACACAUGCUCAGUACCUAUACAUGCGCUGUCAGAGUGGGGGGGCUGGCCAUAGAAAGGCACCCCAAGCAGUUGGAAGUUCGGUGCCUUGCUCAAGAGCGCCUUGGCAGUGCCCCGGAGGUGAACUGGCACCUCUCCAGCUACCAGUCCACCACCAUACUUAGGUCCAUAUGUGGACUUGAACCACGACCCUCUGGUUCCUAACCUAACUCCCUACUGACUGAGCUACUGUCACCCCCACCUUAUAGCACAGGCACAAGAAUAUCAGUACCAUCAGGAACAGAACAUCAGUGAUGGCCUGGCAAUGCCACUGCAUGAUUGGUAAAUACAUGUGUAAAGUCUGUCUUAAAAGGUUAUUGUACCUGUAUGAAUAGACUAUGUUUCAAGGUCCAACUGAAUUUGCUACAGCACACAGGUCUGGUCUGAAUUACAUGCCCUGUGCUGUCUUUUGAGG